AUGUCAACAUUCGAAAUUGGUUCCAGAAUGUAUAUCUUGGCUUCGUAAGUUUUCAGAAUUUCAUGGAGAUUCAGAGAAAUUUAAAAUUUAAAUUUCAGCGAUUUUUUCUUGCCAAAAAACACGUUGAAAUUAAGAAGAACAACGGAAAUUAUGGAAAUUCGGAAAGCUUUCAAUGGUUAUCUGAAAAAAGUAUCGACUUAUUUGCAUUCGGGAAUUUCGAAGAGUGAAUUGAAUGCGACGAUUGAAAAAUGCUGGCAGCCAAGAUAUUCUGAUGAGGUGAGAUUUGAGAAAAAUCAUAAAUUUCAGCUAAUUUUUUUCAGAAUUUCUCGAACAAAUUAUGGAAGCAAAUAAUAAAUGAAGAAAUUCAAGAUUACUUUGAUGACUACGAAGAUUAUGAUUAUACAAAAGAAUGUUUAGUUGAAAUGUGGAGAUUGGUGAAUUUUUUCUCAAAUUUUUCUCUCAAAAAAAUGUUUUUCUAUUUACAGAAAAGAGAAAAAACUGAGCAAAAUUGCGAGAUAUUUCUGACUUUAGCAAAAACUUGGCCAGUGAGUUAUUCGAUGUUGGCACGGAAGAAUUUGAGAAAUAUGUUGGAACAAAUCUACGAAAAUAUGUGCAUUUCGAAAGACGAUUUAUUUCAACUUAUUGAGGAUCAUUUGGAAAUUGAUAAUUUGAAGGUUGGGUUUUUUAAAGGGCCAAAUGAUUUCAAAAUGCCACGUGGAAACUAGAUCAUUUUCAAUUUUCUUGAAAGUUUCUGUGAUUUUCUCAAACAAUUUUUAAUACUAAAAAUUUUAAAAAACCACGUGGCAAAGUGAAAUUAAAACCUUAAUUAUGACGGGGGAAAUCCACGUGGCAAAAUUUUAUUUUGCAGAUAAUCCCAAAAUUGACACCAAUAAUCAGAGAAGAAAUUUCGAAUUAUUUCGACACAGUAAUCACAAAUUUUUAUAUUCGAAAGAAGAAGAAAUCACAAUCGGAUACCGAAAAAACAAUAAUCCAUACUGAAUCCUAUGUCACACUCCAAAUUCACACAUUUUUCAAAUUCGUUUUUGAAAAUAUUAAAGGCGGAACCGAAAUUUCGCAAAUAUCAUUGGAUCCUUCAAUCUACGCUAACUUUUCCAAUAAAUUUGCAUGGAAAUUCUUCGAUGUUUUAUGGAUUUCGACGAUUCAGGAGCAGAUUCGUCAGAAUUUUGAUACGAUUCAGAUUUUGGAUGAUGGAUUGAAUUUUGAAAUGACAUUUUUCAAGAAAAAGCCUGACAAUCCGGAAAUUAAUGAUGAUUUUAAAGCAUAA